AUAAAUUCUGAUUUGCAAUGGUGGAUAGAUUUGAUGAACAUUUCUUUUUAAUAGCAAAAGAAACAGGAGGAAUUGAAGGACUGCUAAACUCAUUAUUCAGUUUUCUUUUGCGGAGAACCGAUUACUAUUAUGAAUGUAUUAUGAUUAUCAUUUUAAGGUGAUCCUGGAGAUAAAAUGGGAUUUCCACCUGGAGUUGCCUUAAACAUGUUAGGAAACAUAUUUAAAAAAUAUUAGGAUGAACAUUAUAAAGUGCAUAAAAAGAAGUCUGCUUAAGAAUAUAAGGAGAAACUAGAAAUAUAUUAAAAAAAGUAGAAAGAAUUAUAGGAAAAACAGAAGGAAUAGGAGGUUAAAGUUAAAGAAGCUUAGAAUUAACAAUAGCAAUAGAAAUAGGUCUAAUAGAACGAUGGUUAGGUGUAAUAGGAAGUGAAGAUAAAAUAAGAGCAAAAUCAAUAGAAAAAUGAAAGUUUUACUCACAAGCAAAAAAUAGAUCCAUAUAUCAAUACUUUUAAUGGAGGAGAGACAGAAAAAUAUUCUUGGAGCUAAUCUGGAAAUGAUGUUGUGGUGACAAUGAAAGUUCCAGAAGGAUCGAACAAGAAGAAUGUAUUAUCUAGUUAAUGAUAAUUCAUUAGGUCAAGGUAUUUAUUACAGCCAACACGUUAACAGUUAAAGUGAAAGAUGAUGUAGCUAUUGAUGGAAAAUUGUAUGAUAAAGUAAAAAGUGACGAAUCUGUGUGGUCUAUAGAGGAAAAUCUAUUGACGAUUACCUUGGAGAAAGGGUAGGAGAAUAUUUGGAAGACAGUUAUUCAAGGAGAUUAAGAAAUAGAUGCAACGAAGGUUGAGAACACAAAACCAUUGGAAGAUUUUGAUCCUGAGACUUAAGGAGCAAUUAGAAAGAUAAUGUAUGAUCAACAAAGGAAAUAGUAAGGAUUGCCAACGACAGAGGAGGAGUAACAAUUAGAAGUUUUAAAGAAGGCUUGGGAUGCUGAGGGUAGUCCGUUUAAGGGGUAGCCUUUUGAUCCGAGCAAAUUCAAUCUUAGCAAUGGUUAAAUAUAGUUCUGA